AUGGUGUUCUGGAAUGAGAGUACAGAUUGCUGCUCGUGGGCGGGGGUCACGUGCGACUGGUCGAAUGGUCAUGUGAUUGGACUUCACCUGAGUUGCAGCCACCUUCAUGGCACCAUCCAUGCCAACAACACCCUCUUCCACCUUUGUCACCUCCAAAGCCUCAAUCUUGCCUUCAAUGACUUCAAUUUCUCUACAAUUUCACCUGAUUUUGGCUCGUUUGCAAGUAAACUUCCAUACUUCAAUGUGACUAGUUCCCUUCAGUUUCUUGAUCUCUCCGAGACAAGUUUUUUUGGCCAAUUGCCUAAUUCAAUCAGCAAUCUUAAAGCCCUGAAUAUUUUGUACCUCUUUAACUGCAACUUUCCGGGGUCCAUUCCAGCUUCUCUUGGGAACCUUACACAAAUUACCAAUCUAGGCUUCGCGGAUAACAGUGUCGGCGGUCAAAUCCCCUCAUCAAUUUCAAACCUUGUAAAGCUUAAUGGCUUGUAUCUUGACGGAAACAAUUUUAACGGACAAAUACCGGAUUCCCUUGGCAACAUGAGCCAACUUACUGACUUGUUUCUUUCUAGAAAUCAGCUAACUGGUACAAUACCAUCUUUGUUGUUUGCUCUGCCUUCACUGGUUGUUAUAAAUUUGAGUAACAAUAACUUAAGUGGUGUAGUGGAGCUAGAUAAGCUGCUUAAUCUAAAAUAUUUGUCCUAUUUUGAUCUCUCAUAUAAUGGUCUCUCAUUGAACAUCAACAACAGUGUCAACUCUACCUUGACCACCUUUGACACUGUACGAUUAGCUUCUUACAACUUGAGCGAAUUCCCAAACUUCUUGAGAGAACAAACUAGAUUGCGUUCUCUAGACCUUUCAACCAACAAAAUUCAUGGUGAAGUUCCAAAAUGGUUAUUCAAUGUGGGGAAAGAUUCAUUGCAAAAUUUAAAUCUUUCUUAUAAUUUCCUUAUAAGUUUAGAGCAUCUUCCAUGGAAGAAUCUAUGUCUCUCAGUGCUGAAUUUAGGGAUCAAUAGCUUUUCUGGCACCUUUACUACAACAUUUACCAAAGGCAAUUUGCUAAGGAAUCUUAACUUAAAUGGCAACCAAAUUAAAGGACAAGUUCCACGAUCUUUGCUCAAUUGUGAAUACUUGGAAAUUCUAGAUCUUGGAAAAAACAAGAUAAACGAUACAUUCCCCCAGUGGUUGGAAACUCUUACAGAAUUGCAGGUUCUUGUCUUGAGGUUUAAUAGGUUUCAUGGUCACAUAGGCACCUUCAAGACCAAGAGCAAACAUCUGUUCCCUAAGUUGAGAAUUAUCGACAUAUCUUACAAUGAGUUCACUGGGCUUUUGCCAACAAACUAUAUCGAACAAUUUGAAGCUAUGACGAAUGUGGAUGAACAUGAAUUGAAAUUGAAAUACAUGGGUGAAUACUAUUAUCAAGAUUCUGUGGUGGUAAUGAUGAAAGGAUAUGAAAUUGAAUAUUCAAGAAUCUUAACGGUCUUCUCAAUCAUUGAUUUAUCAAGCAACAAAUUCCAAUGA